GAUAAUUAAAAAGAAUAAAUCAGCAUUACCUCCCCCAGCCGGCUGUGUACACACUGAUGUAAAUGCAGCACAUUCGUUUAGUUAGUUACUUCAGUUGUCCAGGCCGGCGAUUUCUUUAUACAAGGAUAAAUAGACAGGGACUGGAGACAAUGGAGAAGAAACUCCCCCAGUACUUUGAUCUGGACCAGACAGCCCAUCUUGACCAGCCAGUGGUCACACAGCUGACAGGAAGUUUACCAGACUGGCUGUACGGGUCCCUGUACAGGUGUGGCAGCGGCAUCUACAAGAUGGGGGACACCCGCUGGAGCCACGCCUUCGACGGUCUGGCCGUCAUCCACAGGUGGACCAUCCACCAGGGCAAGGUGACCUACCUGUCCUCCAUCUUGGACACGGAGCAGUACAAGAAGUGUGUCAAGUUCAACCGGCUGGUGGGGGACAACUUCGGCUCCAGCUUCCCAGACCCGUGUAAAAGUAUUUUUAGCCGAUUGUUCAGCUACUUCAUACCACGGCCUCCAGCCAAGUACGACAAUACAGCAGUCAAUAUCGUGGAAUUUGGGGAUCGAAUCUUUGCGCUGACGGAAUCAACCUUGAUCAACGAGGUGACUCUGGACACACUCUCGAAGAAAGACCAAAUUGAUGUUCGUAGUUUUGUAGCAGUUCACAUUGGCACAGCACAUCCCCACUCAGGUGAAGAUGGCACCAUGUAUUAUUAUGGAACCUGCAUGGCCUACCCCAGGGCGUACAACUUUAUCCGGAUACCCCCGGGAGGAGUGGAGAAAGAACUGUUCAAGCAAGCUGAGAUCGUGGCCAGCGCGGCCAGCAGGUGGAAGAUGAACAUCAGUUACACACAUUCUUUUGGAAUGUCCGAGAACUAUUUCAUCCACCUCGAGCAGCCGGUCGCAUUGAACGUCACCAAACUGAUGACCUUGAAAAUCGCUGGGAACAGUCUGGAAGAUUCCAUCCUCAGCUUUCCCGGCGAGACGCUCAAUUUCAUCGUGUUAAACAAAACUACGGGCCAGAAGGUGCCCAUCACCUACAGGGCACCCCACGGGUUCGUCUUCCAUUUCAUCAACUGUUACGAGGAGGGCGGGUUCAUCGUGUGUGACGUCUGCCUGUAUAAAGAUGGUAAAGUCAUCAAGGAGCUGUACCUGGAGUCGCUGUGUAACGAGGAACAGACGAUGGAGUCACACCCACACUUUGCGCGCUUUGUGUUACCUCUGUCAGUGGAGGAGGCCGACAUCGGACAAGACCUGAUCACGCUACCGGACACUUCCGCCACUGCCAUGGUAACCAGCCGGUCAAAACAGGAAGUUGUCGUAGAUUUGACAAGUGACCCGAUGUUUGAUGCCUCGUAUGUUAUGGAGCUACCUCGUAUCAACUACAGCUUCAAUGGCAAAAGAUAUCGCUAUUUCUACGCUACUACAGGUUUCCAUACGAACAUAAGAAAGCUGAUGAAGUGUGACGUCAUUGAGAAGGUGGUUCACGAGUACACGUGUGACGAGCACCACAUCCCGGGUGAGCCGGUUUUCGUGUCAAGGCCGGGCGCCGUUGCUGAAGACGAUGACCCAGUAACUGACAACAUUGACGACGCUUACAGUAUAUUGGAUGUGCGAGCGCUGGAGUUUCAAGGGUGUGGUACUGUGUCCCAUAAUUGCCCUGACCACCGACCACCCAUCGUACCUAGUGGUGCUGGACGCGGCAACUUUCACGGAGCUGGCAAGGGCGACAACUCCACAGGACAUGAAGAUGAAUCUUAG